UCCCGAAGGAGGAAUAUCCACUGGAGUUAUUGUAGGAGUCGUGGCAGGGGUAGUAGUACUAGCUAUCAUUGGAAUGGUACUUUUCUUUCUCUACAAGAUGGCUCAUAGGAGACGUCCGACUACGACUGACGGCAUGAUACUACGGGAACAGCCGACAGGCCAAUCACAAGGACAACGUCCGCAUGGAACUGUCAACCAAGGAGCCGGAUUUAGUCAAUCCGAGCUUACCGGUGCAGGUGCUCCGAUCCGGGAUAGGACCGGGACGUUACCUGCAGCCCCCUUCGGUAAUGUCGGGCAGUUUGGGAAUAAGGAUGCGGGAGAUUAUGAAGGUUCGCCUCCAGCUUAUGAUUUCAACCCUAACCAUGACUAUCUUAGAGGCGCAGAGAGUGAAUAUGCUGAAGUGAUAUUCAAAGAAGAUGGCAAACCGGAAGAUGAUAUUAAUUGCCCGUCCAAUAUUCCUCUUAGGCAAAAUGUAUACAUAGAGGCGAUUAGUGACCGGGACGUCACAGCAUAAGCAACAAU